AUGUCAAUUUAUAAAUUAUAUUAUUUUAAUGAACGUGGUCGUGCUGAGACAUCUCGUCUAAUCUUUGCUACUGGUGGUCAAAAAUUUCACGAUAUUCGAUAUAAAGAAACAGGUAAAAAUAAUUUGGAACAAGCUAAAGUAGAUGCCGUUGCUGAUACAUUAACUGAUUUACUUAAUAAAUUUUCACCAAUUUUCUGGAAAGAAGAAGAAGAUGAAAACAAGAAAAAAGAAGGCAUCAACAAAUUUAUGACUGAAGAAUUGCCAAAACACUUAAAAAAUCUCGAAACUUUGGCACAUUCUUACAGUAAUGGUGGUUAUUUCUUCGUCGGUAAUAACCUCACUUGGUUAAGAGCUAAUCGAAAAGAAGUGGAAAAACAACCAAGAAUUGCGGCAUACCUCAAGAGCCGUCCAAUAACACCAUACUAA